AGGCAGAAGAUGCUGAGGAGAGAGACGCAGGACGGAAAAUACAACAAGUGAGUGAACUGUUGCUCUGCAAAUAAAGUCGCUCUGAGGCGGGAUUUCUGCAGGGCGAAAGUCUGCAAAAGUAACUCUCCAGAAUGUGUGAUUUUAUUUGACGGACGCGACUUUUGAAUUGCUUUUAUUAUCAUUAUUAUUACUACUCUUUUUUUAAUUUAUGUUUUAAUUAUCUGCUCGGACUGUGAGCGCUGCAUUGUGGACGGUGCGGUCUGGCCACCAUGCAGGAGGAGUCCUGGAUGAGAUGCUGCAAGUUUAAUCCUUAUUAUUAUUAGUGGGACUUUGAGUUUUGCAGCGCAACUUCACUCCGAUGCGACGGUGAAAAGCGCUUCAGUCAGUUCUUUGGGAGGAUUUCAGUCUUCAGUCCUGGACCAGGUUUUUCCUGCGGCGUUUCCAUCUGAACCCGCAUCAUGACAAAACACUGAGAACCGGCUAGAAAAGAAAGAAAAAAAACACACUGGGAUUCAGUGAAAAUGUUCUCUGCUUCAUCCAAGCUGCUUUUAAAACAAGUUCCCACAUUCAACACAAUUUGGCCGGCCCUUUCCUCAGAAUUUGCCUUUUUAUGACCUGUAACAAAUCUGUGGCUACUUUGAAUGGAGAAGUAGACCGCUGAGAUAAAUCUAAUCCAGGCUCUUGUGUGAGUCCAUCAACAAAAAGCACAAGAAGGGAUAUAGAAAAAGAUAAGAGAUUUAGCAGUUUCCUCGUUCUUCUCUUCUCUUCUCUUCUCGUUCCUGGACAGACAAGUAAAGCGCCCUUCCCCAUAUGUGGUGGGUGAGAUGAACUCCAGUGGGAAUACUGUAGACCCCACCUGACAGCUUUUCACUGGAGCCUCCACAAGAGCUGGAUGAAAGAAAAAAAAGCCUAAAAUCCAACAUCUCAACGGUGAUGCUCAUUUUUGACAAAGACAUUUAAAAUAUUUAUGUUAUUUUUGCAAAAUAAUGUGUUAUCUUUAGAUAGGUUGAAAGCCCUCUGACAUUGUGAACCAGAGGAAAUUGAAAAAUAAAAGGAUACAAAACAAACCAUACUGAAUACCAAGAAAUGGAAAAACCUAUUUGUCAUUCUCCCCCCGACUUCUGAUUUUCUCCUGUCUGAGACUUUCCCGCUCCUAGAAUAGCCCCCAUUUCCUUUCUCUACCCCACACAAUCACAUAUUUUCCUCCUCCACUUUCUCAAUCCAGUAGUUACUUUCUUCAGAUUUCAGUCUGGCCGGCACAACCAUUCCAGCUAAGGGGGAGGAGGACUUCCUCACGCUGGCCGCCUCCCGGCUCAGCCGCAAGAAACGAGUCAUCGGGGCUGGAGUCGGCGUGGCCAUGGUCCUGGUCCUGCUGGUGGCCAUUCCCCUAUUGGUCCACACCACCAAGGGGGGAGGGUCCGGAGGAGGGGGCACGCGUUACGAGAUGCGCGGGAGCUGCAAGAUGGUGUGUGACACUUUCACCCCCCCACAGGGAGAGCUGACAGCCGUCUCCCCUCAGCCCCCAGACUUCUCGAACCGCAGGGGCAAACAGGGGUCCAGAGGGAGCUACGGACUUCCUGGUCCUCCAGGACCUAAAGGGCCCCCCGGAGAGCCCGGAGAGCCCGGCAAGCCCGGCCCACCUGGUCCGCCAGGGCCUGGACCCGGUGGCUACGGCCAAGCCUACAGUAUCAAAAUCGCCUUCUACGCAGGCCUCCGGAAACAACACGAAGGGAGUGAAAUACUGAAGUUUGAUGACGUGGUGACCAACGUAGGGAACUACUACGAACCGAGCACCGGCAAGUUCACCUGCCCUCUGCCCGGCAUCUACUACUUCACCUACCACGUCCUGAUGAGAGGAGGUGACGGGACCAGUAUGUGGGCCGACCUGAAGAAGAACGGACAGGUGAGGGCCAGUGCAAUCGCUCAAGAUGCAGAUCAGAACUACGACUACGCGUCCAACAGCGUCAUCCUGCACCUGGAUGUGGGAGACGAAGUGUGCGUGCAGCUGGAUGGCGGCAAAGUUCACGGCGGAAACACCAACAAAUACAGCACCUUCUCUGGCUUCCUCAUCUAUCCUGACUGACAGUAUAUACUCACAUUUAUAUACUAUCUCUCUCUCUCUCUCUCUCUCUCUCUCUCCCUCUCUCUGUAAUCAAGCAAAAAGUUUCCUCUCCUUUCUUCAUCUAACACCAUCAUGCCUCCAUGAUGUAAUUUGUCAUUUCAAAGCCGUUCAGUGCACAAACCAUGUAAUAACACGAUCACAGUUAACAAAUAGAGAAUUUGUGUAAAAAUGAAUAUAGUAUUGUAUAUAUUACCAGUUAACAUUUACUUCUGAUACACACACUUGUGUUAUCAUUAUUCUGUGCCAUGUACAGUAUGUGUAAGCAUGACUAAAACACAUGAUUCACAUCUGUUUCACAUGCACACAUUGGCUUGUACACACACAUACACACACACAAAGGCGUGCUCACAUGCAUUGAACUUCUCCUAUCAGUUGUUACACUGAGACAAGAUGACCAUUUCAGCCACCGGUCUGAAAUCGACUGCAAUGAUCUCUGAAUGUAGACUGUAAAUCGAAGUGUGUGUACUUGGCUGCAGCCUCUCGCCUUCACUGUGAGAUGGAUUUUCAAAUGAGAAAUGUCAUGAAUAUAUUGAUCCCAGCUGAUAAUACAGCCAACACCAUGAACAUAAUCCAGUGUGUUGUAUGUUUGUGCUCAUGCCCGCGUUCGAGAGUACGUGUGUGUGUUUACCCUUCAGUUUGUGUUGAGGCGUAAAAGCAUCACGCUGCUGUUAGUUUGACUCGUCUCCGGCUCCUGUUAAGGGAGCGAGUGUCAGGUUGUCGGUAACAGUCCCUUAACACACACAGUACAUCGAUACUGAGGUUUAGCUUUGAGAUUUUCCCUGAGCCAGAGCUCAUGGCAGAGCCUCAUCAUGUCCUGCUAAUGAGCUGAGGCGUCCUCUGCAGCCUCAUCUGUUCAGUCACAUUCACAUCUGGCAUCCAUAGUUUUUCUGUAUGACGUCGUUUGACAUUUUGGGAAAUACGCUUGUGUGCUUUCUUGCUGGGAGUUAGAUAAGAUUGAUACAACUCUCUCAUAUCUGUCCGUUCACUAUAAUGCUAUACAGGCAGCAGCCGGGUAGCUUAGUGUAGCAUAAGGGCUGGGUUAUACUCUAUUAUAGAGCUGGAUACCGGACCUCAAGAUGGAGCCUAUUCAUUCCAAUGAGAAUUGCUCACCUG